UGCCAGAAGUGCUCGAGCAAAUGUUGCUUAAUUUUGGGGAAUUCUUGCGUGCCAGUGCCAACAGAGGGAAUGCCUGAGAACAACUGAAGAAGUGCUGCUCCCAAGACGGGACGGAGCGCAGGAUUAUGUUGGCUGCAACGAUCACAGCAGCGCUCAUCUAUUUCAUGGUGCAGAGCUCUGGAGCCUUGGCCCUCAGCACAGCGUGUUGGGAUGAACGCCUCUCCAGAGUGGGGAGGAACAUCACCUGUGUGGUCUCACAGCCCUUCAUGAUAUUCAGCCAUGGUAAAGCCAUUCAUCGGAUGGAUCUUGAUGGGAAGAACCAGAGGAGGCUCGUGGCCGGGGUGGGAAGCUCCAUCCUGCUCGACUUUCAUUUCAGAGAAGAGAGAGUUUACUGGGCCGACAAACACACCGGGGUCAUCUACAAAGCCUCAGUGAGAGGAGCACACAGACAGAAACUGUUCUCAUCUGACAAACAUAUCUCGGGCCUGGCAGUGGACUGGAUUUGGAACAGUGUUUACUGGACGAGCGGUGAAAAGGGAAAAAUCAAGAGAAUGGAUAUAAACGGAAAAAACGAAAGGACUCUUUUAAGACACUUGACUGAGCCAAGUUCUAUAGCUGUUGAUCCGACCAGCAGGUUUCUUUUUUGGCUGUCUGCUGGAGCGACUCCGAGCAUCCAGCGGUCUGAUGCGUCAGGUCAGAGGAAAACCACACUUGUUAAAAUCUCUGAACAACUAAAGGCACUGUCGAUUGACCGGGUGGAGAAAAGACUGUUCUGGGUUCAGUUCGGUCUGCAUGGAGAAAGUGCCAUUGCCUCUUGUGACUACAAUGGGAACGUCCUGCACAUCAUAGAUCAGCCACUUCGGUCUCAGUCUCUGGGGAUGUCAGUUUUCCUGGAGCACGUGUUCUACACUGAUGCUGCAUCUCGAGUUAUAAAACAGGUUAAUAAGCACAGAGGUGGAGAGCCGCUGGUCGUUAACAUCAAACCGAUGGCUAAACCUCCUCUUGAGAUCAAGGUUGUACAUCCGCUCAACCAGCCGAUGGCAGACUCCCAACCAGCAUCUCCAGGUUGUGACGAACAGAGUGGAAACUGUGUGAACGUGUGCUCCAGUCCAGCCGAGCUGGGGAGAUGCCAGUGCAGCGAGGGCUUUGCUCUCAGCAGGCAGGGCACUCACUGUGAAGAUGUGAAUGAAUGUGCGCUCUGGAACCACGGCUGCUCUCUCGGCUGUGAAAACAUCCCCGGCUCCUAUUUCUGUACCUGCCCUGAAGGUUACGCCCUCCUCCCGGACAGGAAGACGUGUCAAGAGAUCGUUCCGUGUGAAGGCAAUAUCACAAAGUGUGGCCAUGGCUGCCUGACGACAGACGAGGGUUCUGUCUGUGUGUGUCCGGACGGGUCGGUACUGCAGGAGAAGGGACACGCCUGCACCGGCUGCUCGUCUGCAGACAGAGGGGGCUGCAGUCAGAUCUGUACUCUGGUCACACCUAGUAGGUGGCAGUGUGCGUGUCUUCCUGGCUACCAGCUCCACCAAGAUGGCAAACGCUGCAUUGCUUCUGGACCUCCGCCUUAUCUCCUCGUCGCCAAUCUAGUGGACGUGCGACAGAUUAAUCCGGAUGGUUCUGAGGAUCAAACUCUCGUUGAAGAGCCCAGAGGAAAAAUCAUAGCUCUGGACUAUGACCCGGUCCAGAACAACUUGUACUUUGCCAGUACAAGUCAGAAGACGAUUGAGCGGGUUGAUCUGAACGGUGGGUCCAGAGACGUUCUAGUCUCUGAUGGUUUGGACUCUCCAGAAGGACUCGCAAUCGACUGGAUCCACCGCAGGAUGUACUGGACAGACACAAGCCAGUCGACGGUCGACUGCAGCUCCUUGGCUGGACUGAACAGAGAAACUAUUGUAAGCAAAGGGCUGGAAAAACCGAGAGGAAUCGCAGUUCAUCCUUUGGCAAAGAAGUUGUUCUGGACUGAUAUCGGUGCCCGGCCUGCUGUGGAAAGCGCCUCGCUGGAAGGGAAAGACCGCACUGUCAUCGCUAGCAGCAGCCUGGAGUCACCGAGCGGCCUGACUAUUGAUUUCACGGAGGAUCGCCUGUUCUGGUGCGACCAGAGGAGGGGUGUGGUGGAGACGGCUGCCCUGGAUGGUUCUGAUCGACGGGUCCUGUUAGAGAACCAAGUAGGGCGACCCUUUGACCUCGCCGUAUUCGAGGACCGGUUGUGGAUAUCGGAUCAGGAGCACCAGCAGCUGAGGAGCGUACACAAGCGGACCGGGAAGAAACUGCAGCGUAUCCAUGGCAACAUGGUCCAACCAGCAUCCAUCGUGGUGGUUCAUCCCCUCGCUAAACCAGGCGCAGACGUUUGCCUUCACCUGAAUGGAGGUUGUGCUCAGGUGUGUGAGAGCAGACUGGGAUCCGCCCACUGCUCUUGUCUGUCCCACUACAUCCUGUCAGCUGAUGGUAAAAGCUGCUCCGAUGCUUCUAAUGGAACAGCAGAAUCUGGAGACAGUGAAUCUGCCGAUUUAACGUCUAUCAAGAGCAAAACAUUCAACGAUGAGAGCACGUCGCUGACAACACCCGGGCUGUCUGCUGACGAAGCAGAGGCUGGUGUGGGCAGCCAGCAGACUCUCAUCACAGAUAAGAUGGUUUCAGACCAGAAUGAGUGUUACUCUCAUCCCUGCGGUGUGAACGCACAGUGCCUGGUGGAUGCCGGCAGCCCGACCUGUCUUUGUCUGGAGGGUUUUACAGGUGAUGGACGGCUGUGUGUGGACAUUGACGAGUGUAAACAGGGAACACACAAAUGUGACAAAAACGCAGAAUGUCAAAACACGUUGGGAAAGUAUCUCUGCAGGUGCCGGCCUGGAUACCACGGCAACGGAAAGACAUGUCGAGAGCUGCAGAGCACAACGCCGUGGCUGACGACCAGCAGCCCUGCUGACGUCACCACCCGCCGCCACAACAGCACCUCAGCAGAGAGCUGCCCUUCCACCCACGAGUCCUACUGUCUGUACCAGGGCGUCUGCUUCUACUUCCCUGAGAUGGAGUCCUACGCUUGCAAUUGUGUAUCGGGCUACAUGGGCGAGCGCUGUCAGUUCAGUGACCUGGAGUGGUGGCAGCUUCAGCAGGCCGAGGAGGAGAAGAGAAGAAACGUGGUCAUCGCGGCCUGCAUGGUGCUCCUCGUCUCCCUGCUCUCCAUCGCUGCAUGCGUCACCUACUGCUACGGAACCAGGAAAUUCUUCCACAAACAGCCGUCGGUGGAUAAUGUGAGCGAGACCAGCGUGACAGAUGAGAGCAUGUCAGAGUCCACGACUGCUAGUGUGCCGCGGUUCUACAUGAUGGUAGAAAACGGGCUGGGAGGAUUGGUCGUCCCGGCCGUGGGCUGUCCCCGGAGAGCCGUCUGUCCAUCCUGCUCAGACACAGGUGACAUUCCUCUUUCUGAAGAGUCGGGAACAAUGUCCCAACACAACAGAGGGUACGAGUGUUCGAUGGUGUCCGCUGCAGUCAUGGAACACAACCAGCCUCCUGUCAGUCACUCACUGUCGUACACCUGUACGACUUUCAAACCACCAGCGCUCUCUGAGACUCCCGGUCCAGAGUCCCCUGCAUGUUAGUUCACCAGAGAGGCCGACACAGCUGCACAGCUCAAUGCACACAUGCUGCGUCAUCUGGAUGAUGCACAAACUGUAAAUUCAGAGUUUCAUUACAAGCUGAAACCCUCCACAAAUUAAAGAAAGGCAUUUUGAGCGAACAAAAAUCUGGCUUGCUUUUGGGUAGAUGUGUCAAUUCCAGGCUACUUGAUGAGGGAUAUCUUAAAACAGCAUCACCCACAAUAAAUCAUGUGGCACGCAGAAAAUGAUUUAAAUGACAAGAUGUGGUGAAAAGCAAAUUGUGUAACACAGAAGAACCACAGAGGAAAUAAUAAAGACAAACUGCACCACAAGUAAUGGAAAUAAAGGAAGCUGGAGUUGACUCUCAGUUUGGCUCAGAGUGUUGAGACUAAAUAAACAUGUAGUGUAUCUGAGAUGAAACUCCGGUUGUAGCUGACAACAGCAUAAUGUCAUGGAAACUACAAAUGUACAGUAAAAAUUCUCAGUAUGUUAUCAUCUUAUCAGGUGUUGUAAAAGUUAAUGUAGACAAAAUUAUGCAAUUAAACAAAUCACAUGUAUAAACUGAGUUACAAGAGAGCAAAGACAAA